CUUCUCCUUUAUUAUUUUUAGGACACCAACAUGGCUGAAAGUUCAUCCAAAGAAUGCAAGAUACCGGAGGAGUUAAAGAAAUUUACGAGAGCUGUACUCUUGUCCAAGAUCGGAGGGGUGCCCCUUGAAAAGUUUUCUUCUGAUUUCAAGAAUCUUGCUGGCUACCCACUUCAUUUCGAGGAGCUUGGUUUCUCUACACUCAGAUCACUCCUAGAAGCUAUGCCUGAUGCUGUCAGGUUUGAGUACAGUAAUGAGGCAUCAAAGUGGAUGUUAUAUGGGAUAGGAGAUCCUAAUACAUACAUGAGCUCUGCAGCAAAGAAGGCACAAUACUCCAAACCUGGUGAUGGGACAAAGGACAAUAAUAAUAGAAAGAGGAACAGAAGAAAAUCUGGAAAGCCAAACAAAGGUGACAAUCAUAAUAACAAUGAUAGAAGCCAAAGGCCAGCCAGUAGAAUGGGAGAAGAUAUCAAGCGGAAAGAAGAUGGAGAACUUCGAAUACCAAGGAGUAACAGGGGAUUCUACUCAGUUUGUGUAUAUUAUAAUAACACAUUGGGUGAGAAAAAAACCCAAAUAAUUCAGGAAAUUGUUGAAUUAUUUGCUACCCAAGGAGAUGUUGUAGAAAAUUCGUGUGUUAAAAACUUGAUGUUCUUCCGCUUUCUGACCGAAGACGAAGCCAUCUCGGUCAUCAAAUUAUACAAUGGACGUUGCCUGUCUGAUGGGACACAAAUCAGAGUCCAGCCAGCUUCUGAAAGACUAACUUCUAACAACAAAAAACCAGAACCUUCACAUGGGAAACCUUCUCUACAUGAACAAAGAAAGCUACAGGGGGAUCUUAUUCACCAACAUCUGCAACACAAUGAGCCUAUACUAACAGAGCAACAGAUGUUCCAGCAACAAAGUGGGCCAUGGCCAUCAGAAGCAUACGCAUAUAUGUCACCAUAUAUUGGGAUGCAAGAAGCAUAUGCAAGAAUGCAUGGAGGUCCAUUUUUGCAGGGACAUCCACAUAUGAAUAAUGACAAUUUUGAAAGACGAGUGAACCCCGCUCAGGAACUUUGUGUCCGUCACCUCAACAGAUCCAUUACUGUGGAAGAUAUCAUGUCCCAUUUCUGGCCGUUCAACCCACUGUUUGCAAGAAUGCGGAGUAAAACUGAUGGCAAUGAUAGAAAAUACUUUGCCUUUGUUGCAUUUGGCUGUAUUGCUGAUGCACAUAACGCUGAAGUCGGCCUACAGGGAAGCAGGAUAAAAGGCUGCCGUAUUUCUCUUGAAAUAGCCAAAACAAAACGCCAUACAGACAGUUUGGCAGAUGGAGAUGCCACGUUGCGGCAGGACAAAAAUUCCAAUAACGUCAAACCAACCGAAUCAAGAGACCAACGUGAUAGUUCCCUAUCCGACGUCGAAUCUGUUGACAGCAUCUCAGCUGAGGUUGAAGUGAAUGACGAUCCGAACACUCCUUCAUACAUGGACAGUAAGAUACCUAUUAUUGAUGAUUCACCUUACACUGCUAAUAAGACAUCCCGUUCAGAUGAUACCAUGAGUUCAGGAGGCAGCGAGGAUUCUUCUGUGACAAGUCAACAAGGAGGCGUCCCGUUCGGAAGAGGUAGGGGGUCGUUGCCUGGCUACAUGUCGCCGUCUCCCGGGAGAGGUCUUGCUCUGCUUAGUAGUAAGGGAACGGAGAAGAAGAAACCCAGACCAAGCCUGGCAGAUCUGGCGGACAGGCUCCAUGAACUCUGAAGAUUGUGCAGCUGAUGGUUGUUGGCUCUUCACCUGAAGUACCAAGUUUGAUCUCUAAGUGGGAAGCUAUUGCAGUAUAAAUGCGAGAGCUCACUAGACCCUGUAAAAUUGCUGUAUUGAUAGGCCUGAUAUGCAUAGAAAGAUGUAUACUCAUAAAGCAAAUCGUGCAAUUACGUAUGCUUUCAGGGUAUGUGAAGAGGGUCUGUACCAUCAGAUUGACUGUAGAAAAUGCAGCCUCUGAAGCUGUGUAUUACUCCUGCUGAAAUCCAGGUCCAGAUAAAAAUCAUAGUGCAUGUAUAAUAAUUUCAUUUGUCUUCACAGGAAUGAUGCAUGAUGAUGAUGAGGUGUCCUCUGUAUGUAGGUUUCUCUUCUAGCUCGAAAAUUCUGCUCAGAUUACAAUUAUAAACUGUACUUCUAAGAGAGGUGAAGACAUCUGUACUGACCGAACAGAAAACUUGUUAGCGCUAACAAUGCGCUCACAGAGGCCUUGUUACAACAAGUAAUGUGGCAGCAAUGCCCUAUGAUACAACAAUGCAUUACUUUAUGAAUCAAAUAAUAAAUGGAUAUAGAAUGAUUGUAUUACAAUGAUGAUUGAUUUCGCAAUAACGUAUGUAUGUAUUAUUUACCUCAGGCAUGUGAUUAUUUUUUUUACGUAAUUGAUUGUGUUUCUAAUUCCCGUUUUUCAUUAUGUUGUAAUUUUUAUGUAUAUUGUGUAUUUGAUUUUAUGUCUGAAAAUCUGUAAUUCGGCCUUCGGGCCGCGAAUGAUUUUUUUUGUUCAAAUAAACCAUUUCUAUUCUAUUCUAUUCUACUUACACAUUGAAAUAAAUGUUUUGACUUCACAAUCCAAAAGAUAUGACUGAGCUUACUGUUAGCGCUCUGUUUGGCUCACAACAUUUUUGUGCGGCCGGCACUGGUUUUCUAAACAUCAAUUGGGCAUGUUCGGCCUAGAGAAUGUAAAAACAAACUAAAAUCAUUCAAUAUUUUCCUGGAAUAUUUCAAUUUUCAUGAAUUUUAUUGAUACAUCUAAUCAGAAUCCUGUAUGUGACAGUUAAUGGACACCUGAUAACUCCCUCCUGAGGGCAGCUCCCACAAAUCAUCUCUCAAGGAUAGCUUUCCUGGAUGGGAAGUCCUCCAACGACAAUCCCCUUGAAAUAAUGAUAUGCACCAUCAUUGUUUACAUUUCAUUGGCUCUGACUAUGUGAUUUCUAUUUGACUUUCCUGUUUUGAAGAGCUGGCCUCUAUUUUGUCCCACAUUGGCAAACAGAAGUGACUAACCAAAAAAAAAUUUCUGUAAGCAAUCAAGAUUUAUUCAGUAACGUCAAAUGACGUGUUGCUGAUCAUCAUCACGACCUGCUGAUAGUUCUACAAUUUGCAAGUGACAAUUAAGUCUAAAAGGACCCAUGGUGUUGUGAUUGUCCUGUAAUGAGUCCAGUAUUUAUAAGUAGCCACGAUUAUCUGUUAUAUGCGGCGUUGUUUCUUCUUUUAUUUUGUCAGUUUAAUAAUUAAAUUUUUAAGAUCAGAUAAUUAGAUUUUUAAGACAGUCAAAUCACAUUUGUUUAUUUCAUUCACAUACCUGCAAACCUUUUUUUAUUCAAUCUUGGGGCCUGUUUCAUAAAAUAAUUGCAAUGGUUGUAACUUGGCCAUUAUGGCAACUACCAUGGUAACAGGGCUCAGCAGCCAAUCAAAAUGUAGGUUACCAUGGCAGUUGCCAUAAUGGAAAAGUUACAACAGUUGCAACUCUUUAUGAAACAGUCCUCUGAUGUUUUAACCCCCUUUAAAAGGAACAUUUUAGUGUGCUACUAGUUUUUAAAGGCUCAGAUUGCUUUGAUGUGAACAUAUUCCAGUAAUAUAACAUCCAUCAUCAUGUCUUCUGAUGAAACAUGUGUCAGCAGAAAGUCAGCAGAAAAAUCAAUCUACUUAAGAUGUAAGAAAAAAAAUCAUACCUUCUCAUCUUAAAAAUGUUCCCCAUUUCCGGACAUCCAUUUAUCGUAAAAUACAGUCAAAACUGUCUUUGCAGCCAUCAAAAUUGUCUCCCAUUUUUUAAAAAUGUGCAUUAUAGAACGUGUCUAUAAAGGCCACCUGUUUCCAUUCGCCACUUGUUCUGUUUCCUUCAAGGGCGUCUGAGUAGACAGGUUUGACUGUAUAAUUUGAUUGGUUAUACAGAAUCAGAAACCAGAAAAGAACAUUUCCAACUCCAUUAAGCCUGAGCUAUUUUUAAUAUUACCCCCCCCCCCCACAGCAGCUUUUACCAGUACAUCUCUUGCUAUUAUUGACUUCGAAGUUGUGUUUUAUUUGUAUGUUGGCAAAUUUUGGCAAGUUAAUCAUGUUUUGGGCUGCAUGCAGUCACCCCCCCCUCCCUCCGAAUCAGUGUGUUGAAGAAAAAAUGACUUGGAUUCCAUGGAAGUUUUCUUAUGAUUGAGAAUGCAAGCAAGCGCUAGAAAAUAACACAUUUUGAAGUGUUCUGAUUGCCAGAAUCACUUGAGUCAACAGAUAACAUUUUCAUUUAUGAUAUUUAUAAAAUGUCACACAUUUAUCCCACAAAUCCACUAGUUUAUAUCAAUAGAGACUUGUUAAUGAUGAAUUUCUACUGGAUGAUUAAGCUACUUUUCUUAGUUAUUAGAUUGGAAUGUUAAUAUCAUCUCAUGAAAAAGAAAUUGAUGUAGUCUUGUAUUUUUAAAGUUAUCUGAACAGUAUAAACCAUGUUCACAGUGACAAACAUUUAGUGUUUCAUGUUUGCAUUCAAACCAUGGGACAGUUCAUACUGAUUUAAAAUUUAUUUCCCUUAUUUUUAAGAAAUUGAAAAGCCUGGUUUUAUGCAAUGAUGCCCAAGAAUCCUGUCGAUCUAAAUACAGGUUUCUCUGGGCUGCUUGGUUUGUUGAAAAUUCAUGUAUGAUAUUUUUAAUUGUGGGUUUGAUGAAUGCAAGAUAGAAAGAUGCGUUCAUAUAUUUUUUCUGAAGGCUUGUUCAAAUUGGCAAAAUAAUGCCCAGUAACCCUGGCUUUUUUCAGACCAAAGUCACCUUUAGUUUGGAAUGAAUACCUUUUUUUUGUCAUUUUUUUCUUCAAAACUAGCAACCCCUCUUCAAAAAUUGUUCCUAGGCCCAUGCCAGUAACAGAGCUCAGCAACUAUGCCAAGCUUUUUUUUGGGGUACAAAUUCCAUGAUAUGAGAGGAAAACUAAUUCUGAAGAGGCAAGACUUUUUUAAUGUCACCUGGCUUUUAAAGCAUGUGGACCGAUAACAAUUAAAUUCUUGAAUAGUUAGGAUAGAAAUAUUGUCCAAUAAUGCAAGGCAAAAAUUGAUUCAUUUUUUAGACACAAAUUGGGGGGGUAUUUUAAACCAUGUCUGAAAUCUAAAACAAACAUUGCUGAGCUUUACUGUUCCAUUAAAUGAGGUAGAAUUAUCAAUAAAGAAGUCUGAAAUUGCAAUGCAGAUAAUUCGUAUUCUGGUUUGAUGUGAUGCACUCGUCAUCGUCGGGCAUUAGAUGAUGAUGUGUGCAUCCCAUUGAAAUGAAGCAGAAAUUAUUUUCACAGUGAAUUAAGAUUCUUUAUUCAUGAUUUGAACUCAAGCCAAAUGAAUAAUGGUCAUCAUGACUCGAUGUAGUAAGUAUGAACAAUGCUUAAAAAUCAAAAUUGAUCGAGAGUGGUGAUUGAUUAUUAUUUAUUUUUAUUUUAUAUAUAAAUUGAUAUUUUAAUAAUCACAAAUGGUUGUGUAAAUGCCGUAGAAAUAAAAUCGUAGCUCCUUUUAAAAUAUACGAUUUUAUUUCUAUGGCAUUUACUAAACCAUUUGUGAUUAUUUUAUUACAUAUGCCGAAGCAGACUAUUUCUAUUUUAAUUGAUAUUUUAAUCUGUAUAUUGAGAACUUUAUUUCAAAAGUUUUUUUGGUUUAACGACUCAUUGUAUUAUAAUUUCAGAGGAGACAUUGGGAUACAUCUCAUGCAUGUAUGUAGUACAUCUCAAUUACAGGCUGAAUUCGAUAUUUAUGCUUUCGAAUAAAUUUUAUCCCAGCAACUUUGAUUGUGAAAUGAUUUUAUGGUUGGUGCUUGCCUUCCACUUUUUGAAAUUCAUUUUAAUAUUAAAAAAAUAUGUAUUAUGACUUGCAUUUUUCCAUCAUCAUUUUGAAAUUUUGUAAUCAUGCUGAAAAUAAGAGCCCUUUUAAUAAUAAACCAUCUUGUAUUUUUAGGCCAACAUUAUCCAUCCCUAUGGGGUACAGGAUAUAUCUUUUUUUUUUUUUAUAAUUUUAUUUUGUUUAUUCAUUAACUGUUUUUAAGCUAUCAAGAGAGUGUUGUCUAUCAGAUCAAAAUAAUCUUGUGAUCAUAAUGAAGAAUUAAUUGCAUUUAAGUACAUUAUUAUUAUUAUAGGUUUGUAAUUUCAGUUGUUUAAAUAGUUAGGAUGUCUUCUUUUUUUAAGGAGAAACGCCAAAGUUACAAAAUGAUAUCAUUCUCCUUUCUUGUUUUAGAGGGUCUAUUUCAAUUUCCAUUUUAUCUCCUGAAAAAUGAAGUCAUAUACUGUAUUAUGAAAGCAACACUAAUGAGGGUCAUGCAAGUAUUCUGAUGGAAAUGACAACCUUUCAGACAAUAGGGAUAACCAAAAUAAUGUUAAAUAAUUCAAUUGAAGUUAGUUGAUACAGUCUGCAUCCUUAAUUUUAAAUGUAAAUCUUUCGUACUCCUGUUGAAAUGUUAAUGAUCAUUCAUAUUCAUGUAAACAAUGCAGUUAAUUAUAUUUCAUACAGUGCAUUCAUGUAUCAAGAUCCCUUUGUACAAAAAUUAUAGAAAUAAAAUUGCCAAAAUUUGAU